CUGAUCGCCGUCACGGCGGAGGCCGCCCGGGUCGCCGCCGACGCCGGCGUCGUCGCCGCCGACCCCGACGCCAUGGAUGCCUAUGCGCUCGGGCUGCGCUACACGGUCGCGCUCUCGGUCGGCGUCGGCAUCACGCUCGGCGUGCUCCGCAUCAUCAAGGGCUGGCCGCUCCACUACUGGAUCAUCGGCGGCUACGUCGUCGCGGUGGGCCUCACCUUCCUCGCGCCGGACGAGAUCGUCGGCAUCGCCUACGAUUCCGGCGGGGUUACGACGUCCACCAUCACCGUGCCGAUGGUGACGGCGCUGGCGUCGGUCUCGCCACGGCGAUCCGCGGGCGCAACCCGCUGA